GGCUACUAUUUGAGAGCAGCUACUCAUUUUGCUAGCAAGGGAGGCUACUAUUUGAGUGCGGCCUUUAUACAAGAGGGGCCUCUGAUCGAGCAUAUACGGUAUGUGUGUUGAUUUUUGUAAUAAAAUUAUUAUGAUUGCAAUACAUUGAUUUUGUUAAUUAAUCUAUGGUGUGAAUCAAUCUCAAACGUGUAUAUUUAGAUGGACCGUACCAAAACCGCAUGGACCCAAAAAUGCGAACAGUGCAGAAAGUGAUCCACAGAGAAUCAGAGAUUGUGCCCACAAUUAAAGGAAAUUAUGACCUCAGCAAAUUUAUUACCGUAUAGCGGGUAAUUUUCGUGGGGUAAAAUAUUCGUUAUUUUCGUGACCUCCACGAAAUUUUAUCGUAGGCGUGGCUUAUCUGAACGUAGGAAUGCCGUGCAGCCACGAGACUAAACGAAAUUUUUACUCACGAAAACUACCGUUUCUCGAGUUGAACGAAUUUUUUACCCCACGAAACUUACCCGCUAUACGGUAUAACAGACAACAAUAGAGAGUGGGUGUACUACUUGAUCAAUAGUAAUGAUUAUAUAGUGUUCCAUAUAUUCAUACAAAUGUACAAUAAUACUUGUGUCUAUAAUUAUGUAUUGUAUGUAUUGUAAGUAGGACAAGUAUUAUUGUACGUUUGUAUGGACCAUUAAUCAUUACUAUUGAUCAAUGCUAUUGUUGUGCAUGCAUCACCUGACCUGUCACUGUGAGAGCUGUGAGUCUAUAGCUGCUUUUGCCAAGUUUUGAGCUUUUCUUUCUACUACUAAACACUUUUCUAAAGUUUUGUGUCAAUGGCUGAGAGGCCGAGUGCUGCUCAAGAAGCUCUCUCCAAAGUGGAGGACCAGCUGUCAUGCCUAGUCUGUCUGGAGCCCUACACCAACCCUCGACUGCUUUCCUGUUUCCAUGUCUACUGUCAACAUUGUCUCGAGGAUAUAGUUGCCCACAAUCGACAAGGCCAGCUGGAAUGCCCCAAGUGUCGCCGGCCCACCCCCCUACCCCCCACUGGUGUGAGUGGCCUCCAGGCUGCUUUCAAUGUACACCAUCUCUUUGACAUCCAGGAAACACUGAAGAAGGUUAAAGAGCCUCAGAAAUUGGCUUGUGAGAAGUGUUCUGUUACCAAUCGUAAAGCUACCAGCUUUUGCCGACAAUGCACAAAGUUCAUCUGCGAGAAGUGUACCGAUAUGCACAAAGAAUGGGACGAGCUCAAGAAUCACGAAAUUGUUAGUAUCCAAAAAGUUGAGGGGGAUUUGAUUCGCUUGGUCUCCCCAAAGAAGAUGUCCCCUCGCUGCCCCAAACACGACGAAAAUAUGAAACUUUAUUGCGAACCUUGUGGGGAGUUGAUCUGUAUCCAUUGCACUGUCCAAAUUCACAAAGACCACAAGUACUAUGUGAUUGCCGACACCUUUGAAAGCCACAAGAAAGAGAUCCUAGACUCCCUGGGACCCGUUGAGAAACAGCUAGAGGCCACCGACACAGCUCUGGUCAAUCUGGAUGAACGACACGCUGAAGUUGUUGAACACGGAGGAAAACUUGCGACCAAUAUCCACUCGAAAUUUGAUGAAAUCCAUCAAGCUCUGUAUGCUCGUGAGGGGGAGCUUAUGGCUGAGUUGGAAGGCCACACCCAACAACAGCUCAAGAGCCUGUCUGCUCAGCGAGAGGAGGUGGAGAUCCUCCAAACCCAACGUAGCAGCUGCCUGCAUUUCGUGAGGGAGAGCAUUCGUACCGGGUCUCCAGGAGACGUGCUCAAGAUGAAGCAAGGUGUGGUGAAGCAAGUGAGAGAGCUGGUGGACACCUUUGACCCCAACACCCUAGAGCCUCGUGAGACAACCAAUACCUGUUUUGUGCCUUCUGCUCAGCUAGUCAAAGAUUGCAAAGAAUUUGGUGCCUUGUGUUUUGUUAAUAUUCCUCAAAAAGCAAUCGCUGGACAAAAAAUAAAUGCACAUUGUCGAUUCCUCUCCGCCAAAAAUUCAGCACCGCCAGAAGCCGAACUCGUCUCUAAAAUAACUAAUAAAGCUGAAAAAUGUGUUGUGAAGGAACGAGGGAAGGGAGAGUACGAGAUCUCCUACCAGCCGACACUGGGCGGGGCCAGCGAGCUGAUUGUGAGAGUGGGUGGAGAGGAGGUGGUAGGAAGUCUAUUCCCUGUGGCAGUCAAGACUCCGAUCGAUAAACUAGGAACUGUUAUCAAGACUAUCAAUGAUCUCAAGAAAACUCGUGGAGUGGCACUCAACCAAGCUGGGGAGAUAAUUGUGGCUGAAUGGAAUGCUGAUAUUGUCUCGAUAUUUAGCCCCACAGGAGAUGAGCUGCGAACAUUAGACACUCGAGGCACAGCUGUUGGGGAGAUGAAGGAACCUCGUGGUGUGGCAGUGGACGGUGAUGACAAUAUUCUCGUGGUGGAUAAUGGUAAUCAUCGACUGUUGAAGUUCUCACGUGGAGGAGACGUGAUAGCAGCAGUUGGUAGUCAUAGCGAUGGUCUUGGACAGUUUAACGAUCCGAUUGGUGUGUGUGUCAACAGUGUCAAUGGGAAGGUGUAUGUGGUUGAUUAUGGUGCUUACUGUGUUCACAUCUUCAACUCUGACCUCACCUUCUCCAGCAAGUUCGGCAGUAAAGGCAGUGGUAAUGGACAGUUUAAUGAUCCUCGGGACGUUGCAUCCGAUCGUAGUGGUUGUGUGUAUGUGGCUGAUUUUAUUAAUCAUCAAGUGCAAGUCUUCACAGCCAAUGGUGGCUAUCUGAGGCAGUUUGGGAAGAAAGGCAGUGGAAAUGAAGAGCUUAACUAUCCUGUCAGCAUCUGUGUGGACAGUGAUGAUUUGGUGUAUGUGGGGGAGUAUGGGAACGAUUGUGUUUCAGUGUUCACGUGUGAGGGAGUGUUUCUCAAGUCGUUUGGAUCGUUUGGAUCUCGACCAGGACAGUUCAAUGGACCUUAUGGCAUAGCAGUAGACCAGUGUGGUGUGGUGUAUGUGUCUGAUCAUGGCAACACUAGAGUGCAAAUAUUUUCCUAGUUGUUAUUGUAACAUAUAUACUAUUAAUUUUGCUUAUAAAUAAAUUAUUGAAAUUGAAUUCUUUGCCCAUGCUGCAUGUCCCUGUGUACGUGUGUACUGAGUCUCUCCUGUCUCACCCCACCCUCCCUCCGCUGUAGGGUCUCCAUGGGGACAUGGUGCUGGUGGCGGGCGUCAACACUGGUACGAUCAGGGUCAAGGUUCGUCUGAGGGAGAGGGUGUGGCAGGAGGUGUAGCCUGAUAUCAUUAAGCUACUCUAAUACAGUCAUUGAGAAC